CCAUAUCCAUGGGACACAAACAGCUGGAGUUAUUGGCUAUAUAAGUGUCCAGAACUACGGACGCCGGAUAGUUGGGCCUUGAACACCAGCCAAUGAAGAUGUACCGCACAACAACGCUCCUGCUGAUCCUGGGAAGUGCCUGGCGUUCGUCCUUUGCCUAUCUGCCCGAUGUGAACAUUUUUACCAACUACCGCACCGAAGUCUAUAAUGGCAUUCCCUCGGAGAUUGACACGACGCCAUUUGUGCGGAUCGGGGACAACUACUACUAUAUCGAGCCGAUGAACAAGGUCAACUGGUUCCAGGCGGCCGGCGCCUGUCGCAUGAUGAACGCCCACUUGGCCUCCAUCGAGGACAAGCCGGAAAUGGAGGCGCUGAUCAAGUACAUGAAGGCCAAGGGUUUCAAGAACAACGACUACUUUUGGAUAUCGGGCAACGACCUGGGCACCGAGGGCGCCUUCUACUGGAUGUCCAACGGCCGGCCGAUGACCUAUGCCCCCUGGAACGGGCCGAAGCAAAUGCCGGACAACUACGGCGGCAACGAGAACUGUGUCCAUAUGUUCGCCACCCGGGAGAUGAUCAACGAUGCCAACUGCAAGAUCCAGAUGCUCUACGUCUGCGAGGCGACGGAGCCCAAAACUUUCAAGUUUACCUACAUAAAGUGGUAGUUCUGUAUUCGCUUGCUAGGCUUGAGCUAAAUAAAGGG